UCUGUAAGGUCAACAGCUCCUGGAUGCCUUGACUUACAAAAGAACUUGUAGCCGCGUGAAAGUGACAUUUCAUACAAACUCAACAUCUAAAUGGCGAGGAAACUACUUCGUGCUUUGGUUCUCUCUGUGUUAUGCCUAUUCCCAUGUUUUGCCAAACCCACCAGAAAAACAUCAUCGACAACAAAUGCGCUAGAAAAUAGCGGAAUCAAUCCCGGAGAUGUGGUUAAUAACGUCCAUAAUGUUGUCAGAAUCCUCAUGUACAAGAGGUUGUACUCCAGAAACAGCGCGAAAUUCGUGCGAAUUCACCACGAUGAAGUGGACGGCAGUGGAAACAAACAUGAUCCGAGCGUUACGAUGAGGCUAGAAUCUGUGGGACCUGAGAGCAAGGUGAUAUUGAAGUCGCACGAUGGAAGUGUCUGCGUUUGUCUCGACAGCAGCGGAGCGGUCGUCACAAGACCGUCGCAUCAAGUGAAGACAGACAUCGGUUGCAUCUUUCAACAAGAACACACCUCUAAGGGCUACACGCGGUACCGAUCGACACUGAAUAGAGACUGGUACCUAGCGAUCACCAGAGAUGGAAGAACGAAAUCAGCGAAAAAGGCGCAUCAGGGGCAAAGAUCAGUGCAGUUUAUAGAAUACACCGUAUAACAGAAAUUCUGCCUAGAGUCUUUAGGUUAUUUAUUUGAAAUUCAUAAAAAUUAUUUAAAGUAUAUUUAAAAAAAAUUAUAUAUUUAUAUUGUCACAGAAGAAGUUAUUACAUCGGCGAGACCAUGGUUUUGGAUUUGUCGAUAUCUUACGAACUCACUUUUGUAAAAGAAUAUAUAUAUUUA